AUGUCGGACACGUCCUCGGCCGACACACUGGGCCCGCCCUCCAUGUCUUCCCGGUCCGAGACUACGGCAUUGCUACCGAAGCCCCCGGCGGUCAAGUCGGAAGAACCCCACGCAGUCCGGCUAUGGCUGGCCGAAAUACUCUUGCUGGCCAAAGCCGCUGUCCCGGUUAUCCUGGCGUACACGCUGCAGAACAGCCUGCAAACCAUCAGCGUUCUUAUUGUUGGCAGACUGAGCCCGGAAGCACUCGCCACCGCAGCCUUCAGCUACAUGUUCGCCAUGGCGACAGCUUGGCUCAUUGCCCUCGGUGGUACGACAGCGCUCGACACUCUUGCGUCGAGUAGCUUCACGGGAUCUUCGAACAAGCACGACUUGGGCAUCCUUUUGCAGAGAGGCAUCCUUGUCUUGUCGGCAUUUUAUGCUGUGGUGGCAGUGCUCUGGUGGUUUUCCGAACCGGUGUUCCGGGCGCUGGGCCAAGAAGAGUUCAUCUGCGUGCAAAGCUCGGCGUUUUUGCGAUGCCUGAUCCCGGGCGGGUUGGGAUACGUGUGGUUCGAGGCCAUGAAGAAGUAUUUGCAGGCCCAAGCGAUUUACCGCCCAGGCACGUAUGUGCUGUUAAUUACAUCUCCGAUGAACGCCGGGCUCAACUAUUUGUUCAUCCACACUUUCGGCCUCGGCUUGUACGGUGCUCCCUUGGCCACAGGCAUCUCGUACUGGGUAUCGUUUCUCCUUCUAGUUGCCUAUGCAGUCUUCGUCCGCGGCAAGGAAUGCUGGGGUGGUCUGGAGCUUCGGAGAGCCAUCAGAAAUAUUGGGCCCUUUUCCAAGCUUGCACUUCUUGGAGUCGUUCAUGUUGGCACUGAGUGGUGGGCCUUCGAGAUUGUGGCCCUGGCUGCCGGGAGACUUGGCACUAUUCCGUUGGCGGCCCAGUCUGUCAUCAUGACGGCGGACCAAAUUAUCAACACCAUUCCCUUCGGUCUUGGGGUAGCAGCAUCGGCAAGACUAGGAAAUUUGCUGGGAGCGCAGCGGCCUCGGGACGCGGCGAUAGCAGCACACUCGGCAGCAAUCUUGUCCGUGAUACUCGGAAGUGUGGUUCUUACUAUGCUUAUGGCGACGAAGGAUGUGUUUGGCAAGAUCUUUAAUGACGACGAGCGGGUGGUGCAGCUCGUUGGCGAAGUGAUGCCGUACGUCGCACUCUUCCAGAUAGCAGACGGCCUGAACGGAUCGUGUGGUGGUGCCCUUCGAGGCAUGGGCCGUCAGUGGGUCGGGGCUGUGGUGAACCUCGUCAGCUACUACGGUGGAGCUCUCCCCGCCGGCAUCUACCUCGCCUUUCAUGGCUGGGGUCUCGCCGGCUUGUGGAUCGGACAAUGUGUUGCAUUGUAUCUGGUCGGGGCGUUGGAAUGGGUCAUUGUUGGAUUGAGUAAGUGGGAGAAGGAGUGCCAACGAGCCAUCGACCGACUGGACGACAGUAGCAGCGACGACGAGGCUGAAUCAGAAAGCACCGCCUCCGGUACGGUAUGA